AUGUCAGACUUACGACCUGAAGAUACAGAAGAUAUCAUUGUUGAGAAACUCAACCAAAAUGAAGACGAUAACAUGAUUGAUGAAGUCAACACCUUUGCACCUGGUGAAGUUAGAAUGAUCAACAAAUAGGUGCUAACCAAGUACAAAAUUAUCUUGGACGAGUGCACUAAGCCCAACCAACUUUUAGAGGUCUGCAGCAAUGCCUUUGACGAUAUUGCUAGAUAUGCCAACUCUAUUGUAAACAGAGACAUCUUAUUGGAACUUAUUGGAUUUGCACAUAAAAUCAUUGAGAGACUAGACUCCUUUGACGAAUCCUCAAAGAUUGAGAAUCAAGCCUCAGUUGAGAACGAACUUUACGAGAAAAUGAUCUUGAACUUAGCCUCAAGCUUCUCUGUCAUUGAGGGACAAGACGAUUCUAAUCGUGUAAAGCUUACUUUGACUGGAGCUAAAGGCCUCAUUGGAAUGAUUAAGGCUUUAGUGACUAAGAAACUAAUCCCAGCCUUCGAAGAGACUAUAGUGAGUGUAGUCCUGGAUUUAAGUCAUCAUAUUGUGAGUUCAACAUCUGAUGAAAAGCUUGCUGUAAACAAGGCUCAGGAAGUGCACAAAUUCAUCACAAAGCUGAGAAACUACAACGCUGCUAAGCAUCUAGAGAUUAUCUAAUCAAGACAAAGACUCUCAAAGUAUACAUUCUUAGCUCUAUUUGCCAAGGAUAAUGCUGAUGAUUCCCCUUAGAUCCUAAGCUAAAUCAGCAAUAAACUCAACUUAGCUGUCUUAAACGAUAAAGAGAGUGCUAGAUACAACAACUUGAGAUAUUUCCUAGCCUAUUUGACUAUCGUAGACAACGAGACAUUUAUCAAAGACGUCUUUGCCCAGAUUGAAUUCAUGAUGAAGAGAAACGGAUCCCUCAUUGGAAUCGUCUCUUAACUCAUUAAUCAUCUAAAGUCAGUCAACUUUGACAAGAACAUAAUCGGAUUACUCACUGAGGGUAUUAUCACCUCUGAUUUCCUAGUGAGUCAAGACUAUGCUAAUGAUUGCUCAGAUUAUUUCAGAAAUUUGGCAUCAAUGAUUAAGGAUUAAGAAAUUGCCUCUGCUCUUGUUUUAGACUUUUUGCUAAAGAGAUUUACCUCCUCGAAGACCUAAUUCAAUGUCAACCAAAGAUAAAACAUGCUUAAGCACUUGAGUGCCUCCCUUGAAUCAACCACUCUUUAAUCAUUAAUUUCAUAAGAACAACUUUAAGUCAUUGUAGCUGCUUUGAUUGAGCACAUUUUUUCAGUUAAGGAUGAGCCAGUGAUCAAAGAAUGCUUUGAAUCAGUCAGAAAGGUCUUCCUGAUCCCACAGUCUUUUGGAUUUGCAGCUGAGUAAGUAAGAAAGCUUAUCUCAAAGGCUAACACUCACUGGCAUGUGACUCUCUUUGUUGAGUUGAUUGCUGCCAAGAAAUAAGAUUUACAAGAAGUGAUUCAGAUUUGCACACCUCAUUUCAAACAAAUGCUUUCAUCUGAGAACUUUAAGCUUGUAGCAAACUUCUCUUAGAUUUUGUCACUAGUUGGAUUCUUUGUCUAUGCUGCUGAGUACACGAAGGACUAGUCAUAUGUGCAAUUCCUUGCUCAAAAUGAUAACAUUCUUAAGUAUCUUGCUACUACAGCUGGAUUCAUUAACACUCCUACUUACUUUGCCAAGCCACCUAGCUAUCUUGACACUAAAUAUCAACUUAAGGCUCUUGAAGCAUUAAUAGGCUAUCACUAUCAUGAUCAAGCUCUUACCACUGGAGAUGUCCUGCUAAGAGAUACCCUCUUUGAGCUAGUACUAAACUAGUCUAUUAAAUUCAGAGAACAUCUAUAUCUAGAUGUUAUCUAGAACUUGACCUUAACUUCAUAAUAAACCGAGACAGUUUUUGCUAAUCUAUUGAAGUCACUAUACCUCAAAGUCAAGUAGGUCAGUCUAAGACCAAUCGUUCUUACCCGAGAAGAUAGCCCACACUAGCCAAAUAUGAAUGUUGAGCAUUAAAUCAGACUUUCUCUCAAGCUAUUACUGAAGAAUAAAGAGAAAGAACUCACCUAGAAUGAAUUCUUUAUGCUAUUGAAAUUGAUCUCCCACCCAUAUGUCUCUCAAGGAAACAAAUAAAUCAUAAAUUAAGUCACUACUCUUAAGGAAGUUUUGGCUUCAAGAGAUCAAGAACUGCAGCUUGACUCUUAUUUCAUCAAGUAUGGUAAGCAGAUUGCUGAUUAUGCCAUUAUUCAAAGAACUGGUAUUCUAUCAUCUGAUGCAACUUUGAGAAAGCAAGCAGUCAACAUGGCUACUGCUUUGGCUGCUCUCGGUGGAUUGAACUUAUUUUUGCCAGAUUUAAGUCAAAUCCUAAACUACAAGCCAUUUGAAAUGCUUUUGAAGUUAGAAAACCUAUUCAAGGAGAGAUUCGAUCUAAUUAGUCACUAUGACUUGAUGUUCUAUUCUGAAAUUACCAAAGACUUACUGACAGUAUUCAAGAAUGUAGACUAGAAAAUCUACCAAGAGGAGUUAGGCGUUGACUAAGAGCAGUCUUCAUCAGGAUAGGAUAACAAUUAAGAGGAAGAGAAAAAGCAAGAACCAGUUGUUGAAGCUGUCAUUGAUCCAGCAAAGCUAGCUGCAUAAAUGUUGAAGCAGCAAGCAGCCAUGAAAAAAGCAGCUGCAGCUAAAAAAGGAGGAGCUGCAUCUAAGGCACCAGCAAAAGCACCACCUAAAAAAGAAACUAAGCCAGAGCCCAAAAAAUAAGAAUAAGCACCUCAGUAGCCAGCAAUGGACAAAGAGACAAGAAACAAGAUGGAUAGACAAAGCUUACUCAACUAUUUCGCUCAGAUUUAAACUGUUAAAGCUCAGCAAAUCGAGACUGCUUAUGAGAUCGUGAAGAGAAUUAACAAAAACGGUUUCCAUUUAGAUACCACAUUCGGCUACCUACUAGAUCCAAUGAUCAAGCUACUUAACUACACUUACUCCAAGUUCUCCACCAUUAUGUGUCUUUAACAAGUUCUUAAAAAUCACAAGAGAGACCCACUAUUUGCAGUAAAGAACGAACUUGUGAGUUGCAUGGUCGCUAUCAGUCAAGGAAAGAUCUUCAUUAAGCAUCAAAGAGAGUUCCAAGCUAUUUUCCAACAUAUUGAAGCUAAUACAAACAUUGAUUCCUAUGAUAAGGGUUACACCUUCUUGAUUAUGACUAUGGGCAACUAUGUCCUUAAAGAUCUCUCAGUCAACCUCAGUGUGAAAGAACAAGCUCUCUCUGUCAUCCAAAGCUUCCUCUCAACAGACAAAGUCCAAGAUAUCGAGCUCGUUAGAGUUACAAUUAACAUGAUGAAGUCCAGCUACAACUCUCCAAACCUACAGCCAUAUCUAAAUGAGCUUAUGAGAAGACUUAAGCCAGAAUACAUCGCUCUUAUCCUUUAGAGACUAUUCGAGUACGAGCCAACUCCAAGAAUGGCUUUGUUGAAGGAGCUCGUUGAGUACGAUCAACCAUUGUUCUGCCCCAUCUGGAUGGCUACUUAGUUCUGGGUUCUCCAAUUCGAUGAUGACUGCAACAAGCUUGCCAGAAAGAUCUGGAACAAGUAUGGUAUGUCUCUUAGAAACGGAGUGAUUGACCUUGCUAGUGAGCAAAAGCACAAGAAUGUGUACCUCUACCUUAGAUCUGGCAAUACCAACAUCUAUGAUGCUACUUUGAAGUCAACCAUUGCAGCUAUUGAGAUUUUCCAAAACAGAUUCGAUUUGAUAAUUGACGAUCUAAUUGAGUUUUACAAUCAAGAGAUCCAGAUAAUUGAGAACGAGAGUUUGAUUAACAGUCUCCAAGCCUAGCAAAGCACUGGUCGCGGCAGAAAUAUGUCUGCUGGCUUCUCAACUCAGAAACUACUGCUAGAUGAUAGACUUAACAGAAUUGCAGUGCCUGAGAUUCUCACUAAAACUGCUCACUUAGUCUAAGCUAACUCUUUCAAGAAGAUCUAUGAGUACUUUGUAACCAAAGGAUGCCUCGACCAAAAUGAAUAAGUUGCCAAAGCUAACUUAAAUGCUGCUCUUUAAAUCAUUAAAGCCAAGGGCUCUGACUACUCAGAGGAGAUUUUGAAGAUUCUUGAGAACUUCAUAAAUGAAUCAAAGAAAUACUCAGAGCAAAGCAAGAACCAAGCCAUUAUUAUGAUUGGCUCUCUGGCCUAAUAUCUGGACAAUACUUCUUAGAAGAAAUUGGUGGGCACCUUCGAGAAGAUGCUUGAACUCCUCAAUACCCCAUCUGAGCUUAUCAGACAGUCAAUCUGCAAGGUAAUUCCACAACUUGCUAGAUACUUCGAUGAUAAAUCCAGGAAAUUCCUAGAAGUCAACUUCCAAAUCCUCAGAACUAGCAUGGAUGAAAAAUUACUGAGAGGUAGUGCCUUUGCAGUAGCCGGCAUUAUUAAGGGUUUAGGCAUGCAGACCAUCCAGCAGAUUGACUUACUUUCCAUUGUUCAAAAGGAAUGUUUCUUCAAGAAUGCUGAUCCACUAAGAAAGGUUGCAGCCCUAUUCCUCUAUGAGACCCUUUCCCUAAGUCUCGGCAAGGUCUUUGAAAUGAACAUUGUGGUCAUCCUUCCAAAUAUCAUGCUCUGCAUCUCAGACCAUAAGGAAAACGUGAGAAGAGCAGCCAUCCAGGCCAACAAGACUAUUAUGGGCAAUCUUAGCAAUCACGCCAUCAAGCAAGUACUCCCAAUCUUCCUCAAUGGACUCUACAACGAUAACUGGAGAUCCAAGCUCGCCUCAGUUGAGGCUCUUGGUAACAUGGCAUUCUGUGCCCCAAGACAAAUCUCUAGCUUCCUCCCAAGAAUCGUUAAAGGUAUCAGAGAAGUACUCAAUGAUACUCAUGAAAAGGUGCAUGGUGCUGCUCUUCAAGCUAUCUAAAAUAUUGGAUCAGUCAUCAAGUGCCCUGAAAUCGCUGAAAUUCUAGAAAUACUAGUUAAGGCUCUCAGCAACCCUAAUGUUCAUUUGAAGGAUGCUCUUAAGAUGCUGCUCGAGACUAGUUUCGUGCAUGCUAUCGAUGCUCCUAGUUUGUCACUUCUAGUUCCCAUUCUUGACAGUGGACUAAUGAUGCAUGAUAAUGAGACAAAGCAACUCGCUUCAAAAUUGAUGGGUAAUAUUUGCAACCUAACUCAAGACCCAGAGGAUCUUCUUCCAUACAUUAAGAUUUUAAUGCCUGCCAUCAAGAAUUCCCUCUUCGACUCAAUUCCAGAGAUUAGAGCCUCAGCAGCUAAAGCUCUUGGUAGUUUGUCAAAGGGACUCGGACUUCAAAACUCAGAUGAGAUGCUUAAGUGGCUUGAUCAAGUCCUCCAUGAGAGAAACCUUCAGUCUUCAGAAAAGCAGGGUGCUGCCCAAGGUUUUGCUGAGAUCAUCUCAGUCCACGGAGUUAAAUUUUUCGAAGACACUAUUGACAGAAUUAUCUCCAAGUCAAAUGACAAUGACCCACUAAUCAGAGAGUCCUUCAGAAGUGUGAUGGUGUUCCUUGCCACCUGCUUCGAUCAAUUUGUCAAGCAUCUUCCAAAACUAUUGCCUAUUAUGAUUCAAGGUCUAUCUGAUGAUGUAGAGGAUGUAAGAAAGAUAUCAAUGAGGAACGUCAAAAUCUGCAUCAAGUAGUUUGCCAGACAAGCCCCUAACCAACUCGUUCAACCAAUUAUGGAGAUGAUGUUCCACAGAGACUUUAAAGUCAGACAGAGUUCAUCCGUGCUUAUGUAUCAACUUGUCAAAGAAUUAGAAAAUGAUGUAAUCAAAUCUCAACCCAAGUACAUCUCAAUUGAGACCAAGCAAGAAAUUUUAUCUUGCAUGUUCACACUUAGAUAUGAUAUCAUUGAAAGAGUGGCACUCUAAGCAGCUUAAAUCUGGAAAAAUCUUAUUGAUAACCAACUUACUGUUCUAAAGAAGAUCCUCCCAGUUUUACUCAAGCAAGUAUUUUCAAUCAUCCAGAGUGAAGAUCUUGAACUCUAAGAAAUGGGAUUGAACUGCAUGAGAGGUAUAGUAGAGAAAUUCGGUGAAAAGGUGGUUAGUGAAACUCUUGACAUUUUGGACAGCUAUCUCGAAAGAGCCAAAACUACUGCUCAGACUGUUGGUAUCUGCAAAGCUAUCUAUAAUAUGACAUAUGCAGCUCCAACCAAACUACUCUCAGAUCUUAGACACAGAUUCCUAGCUAUUGUUGACGCUAACUUAUCAAAUGAAAAUGAUGAGAUCAGAAAACUCAGUGGACAGGUAUUCAUCACAGUCUUCUAGAGAACAUACGAGGCUGUAUUCAUUACCUCUCAGUUAGAUAAAUCAUUUAUGAAGAAGCUUCACGCUUUGAUCAUGCAAAAGAGCGACAAAGAAGCCAAGUUGCUUAUUGAAAAUCUUAAGAUCAUGGUGAAUGGCUCACCAGAGCUUAAACUUGAGGACAAGUUCAUCAAGCUUUGCGCUCUUGACAUCCAUGAGACUCCUAUUACUAUUGCACAAGCUAGAAUCCUUGCAGCCAUUUCUCCAAAGAUUGCUCUACACAUGUUCAAGAAGAAGUUCUUCGGAAACGUCUUAAAUGCUCUUAUAGAGGAACUCACAGUAGAUGAAAUCGACGAUGAAGUCAGAAUCGGUGAGGUACUUAAUACCUUCUCAGAGUUGAUCGCUGCUGUUCAAGAAAAUGAGAUUCUUACUACUAAUGAAUAGAUCAUCAGCACCUUCCACUAUAAAUGCUCUCAAAAGGGUAGACUCGCUUACUAUGUUGAUUUCAUUUGCCACUAUUGUCUAAACUCUAAAGUCAACUACGAAAAGUUCGCUUCACAGUAUCUUAGAAAUGUAUUAGUCUUAAUGAAUGAUCAGGAUGAUAAACUAGUUGAGAAAGUAGUGAAAUCAUUCAAUGCAAUUGUAAAUGGACUGUAAAAAGAAAAUCAAUUCACUCAUAUUCCCCUGAUUAAAGAUGUCAUCGAAGAAAUCGCAGUUGAAUAAUAAACUAUUAGCUAUGGUGGAGAUGGAGAUAAUGACAGAACUCUCUAUAGAAAGAAAAUCAACACAAUAAAGCUACUUGAGAGAGCAGAGGGCGUAAAGACAUUAUCAGGAAUAAUCUAAAAUUCGAUUACUCACGGUUCAAUUGAUAUAAGAAUUGAUUCAGCAAUCCUCUUCCAAUACUUGAUAGAUUUCAGUAAACUUGAAGCCAUCAAGACUGAGCUCAUCAAGAUAUGUGGUGCUUUGAUUCGUGUUGUCAACGACAAGUUCCCACCUCAACUCAAAGUUCAAAUCUUCCUUGCACUUAAGCUUAUUCUUAUCAAGGCUCAACUUUUAGUUAAGCCAAUGGCUCCUCAGCUCCAAACCACCUUCUUGAAGGCAUUCAAUGAUUCUCAAGCUACCAUUGUUGUAAGAAAGGUUGUGAUCGAAUGCUUAGUUCUAUUCCUUAAAAUAGCUCCUAAGAUUGAUCCAAUAGUCAAAGAGCUUUCUAGCAUGCUAGAUGGAGAUAAGAUAGACAGCAACAGUAAAGUUGAAGUAUCUGAGAUCCUAGCCAUCAUAAUUAGACUUAGUGGUAAAUCCAUUCAGCAAACCAUGUCUCAGGGCAUUCAUCAAACUCUCCUCAAUAUUGUUUAAACCAAGAAAUCCUAAUUCAAUGAGAAGACUUUAGUUAACUGUUCUGUGGCACUCGCAUUCCUGACUCCAUUCGCUGUAGACCAAAAAGCUCAGGAGCAAAUGUUUGAGCACUACGAUAACAUAUUAGACCUCAAUGUUUCAUUUGGAGUGAAGUAUGGAGUGCUCUUAAGCGGACAGAAUCUUGCUGACAAGGCUGGACUUAUUAAGUAACUUGAAAGCUACUCAUUAGAUACGCUAAAGGAUAUGACUGGACUUCCAGAAAUUGAUGGAAGACCUGCUGAUGAUCCCAAAGAAGGUGAAGAGCAAUCAAAGUUAUAUGGAUCAUUUACCAUCCUCGGACAUAUUGGAGAUGUGUUCUUGAGAAGAUUCGGUUAGGCUUCUUCUGAAAUUGAGAUCUUUACUCAAUACUACAGAGUCAUCAAUCAAUCAGAUAUUCUCAAGAAAAUAAAUGAAGAGUCAGAUCCAUUUGAAUAGACUUUCGAGCAAGUCAGAUUCUAUCUCUCCUCAGUCCCGGUUUAACUUAACAAAGAGAGUUAAAUGAUACCAGAGUUGCAGUAAGUAGUGAGAGAGGGCAUGGAGUUCAUAAACAACUUCUAUCUAGAGUUUGAGUCAAAGAAAGAAGCCUUCUCCAGUGUGAUCAACCUCACUGGACUCAACUACGAUAACUAUCUUAACAUCAAUGACUUAGCCAAGAUUCAACUAUUAACUAAGGAAAAUGCUAGAGAGCAAGUCAGCAAUGCUCCAUACGCUUCUGUUCUCUCAAGUGAUCUUAAAAUGCUUGCAGUUGAGCUCUUGUUCAUUUGA